AUGCCAAUCGAUUAUAGCAAAUGGGAUAGGUUAGAACUUAGUGACGAUGACGAGAUAGAAUGUCAUCCAAAUGUUGAUAAAGCAUCAUUAAUACGUUGGAAACAAGCGGAUAUUCAUGCUAAACGUGAAGAAAGACGACAAAAAAUUGCUUCUUUGAAACAGCAAAUAUCACUAAAUGAUGUUUUGCUUUCACGUAUUGAUGAUAUGAUUGUUAAGUUAAAAAAAGAAGGUGAAGUUGAAGGCGAAGAUGCUUGGAAACAAAUCAGAGGAGGACUUGGAGAAAUUCCAAUUUUAGCUUCUGAACAGCGUUUACUUGAAGAAGUGGAAAAAGAUGAAAAGGGGGACGAUGCUAAUAUUUCAGAAAGCAAAACAUCCACUAUCAAUAAUUCAUCACGUCGCGUUCUUGCUGACGGGACUUAUGCUACUGAAACUAUAUUUUCAUCAAACUCGUCAAAUUUAGCAAGACUUGAGGCACUAAAAUCAGCAACAAAACCUCCAAUUAGAGGUGAUUUCUUCCUUGGAUCUGUAUUAGCUUCAACAUUAACAAAAUUAGUUAUGCGAUAUUCUGAAAAUUCAAAUGACCAAAAAAAAAUAAAUUCCUUGAGAGCCGAGGCGAUGCUUAUAAUGGCUAGUGUUAUUCGUGUUGGACAAUCUCAAUUUGUAACAAAUCCAAUUGAUGAAGACUCUUAUGAUCGAAUACUGUCUUGUUUACAUGUUUUAGAACAAUUUUCAAAUGAUUUAGCCAUUAAAAAUAUAUUUUUACAAGAUACAAAAGCAUCAUUUACGAGAAUUGUGGAGGCAGAAGAAAAACGAUCAGCUGCUAAAAAAGCAAAAGAUAAAGUUACUAAUAAAAUCCAGGUAGAUGAGCUCAUCACAUUUAGGCAAUUUUCCAAACGUAAUCUUGGUGAAGAAACUGAUGAAAAUAAAUCAACAACUACAAAAAAAGAUGUGGAUGAAGAAGAAUCUGGUGACAUUGAAGUUACAGAACUUGCUAAACAAUUUGCAGAAAUAAAAGAUUAUAAAAUGAGUUAUGAGUUUAUAACCAAACAUCCAGAAGUUGUUUCACAGGAAAUGACUGAUCAAAUUUUGGCUGAAGCGUUCCAAGCUCAAUUAAAAGGAAAAGCCAAAUUAGCUAAACAAUGUGCACAUCAAGGAUGGUUAUUACAAUAUUGCCAAAGAUUGGGCAAAGAUGGCGUUAGACUUUUCUUUGAAAGAAUAAAUGGACCAAAUCCUCAAGCACGUGAAAUUUUUAUGAAUGAUGUUAAUGAAACAUACAACCAUAUAAGGGAACGUUGUAAAAUUAUAGCAGCAGAGAAAACACAAAAACCACAACCAUCCUCUCGUCAAGCAGAACAAAUUCAAAUUGAAGUUACUGGACCAAAUUCUUCACUUAAUGUUCGAGUUCCUGAUGAAAACUCAACCGAUAAGAAUGAACAAGACAAAUAUAAAAUUUUCACAACACUACCAAAAAAUCUUCAAGAAGCACUUAAAACAGGCGAAAUAACCAAGAUUAAUGAAGUCUUAGGAGAAAUGUCGGUUGAAGAAGCAGAAGAUGCUUUGAAAAUAUGUGGUGAUGCUGAUGUUUUAUCGAUUGAAGAAGGAAUUAUUGAUACUACUAAAGGUGAAGUUGUACCAAAUCAAGAAAUUACUGCUGACAAUGAAAAUGAUAAUGACAAGAAAUUAGGAUAA